AUGGAGGUUCCUCAGGCAUUAAGACAAGUAUUUGAUAGUUUUCCUCUUAAGACGUAUCCGUCUAUAACUGCGUCAACGUCGAGCCAAUUGGAAGUACUUGAAGCAAGAAAAUUCUACUUCACUUCCUCAUCUAAGACCACUUCUUUAGCAAAAUCAUCUUCCAUUAUUCUUGGGAUCAAUAAUGUUGUAGAGUACAGAGACAUAAUAUUACCCUCUGAUCCUGUUUCUCUAUCCCAGUGCUUAAUAAUCUGCCAUAAGAAUGGUCUAAAACUACCUUUGGCUACUAGAAAGGGUAUAACAGAUGAAAAUGCACUGAAUUGCUUGAUGACGCUUUCGCACCAGGCUGCUCCAGAUAGCCAGUUACCGAUCUUGAUAGAAGAUAACAAGAAAAACGAUGGAGGAGAACCUAUACGCUCCCUCAUACCUUCGUAUUCAAUAGUAAAUAGUAAUAAAAAAGACUUAAGUGACUCCAGCGACAUUUUGAUUAACGAUAUGAUGGACACGAAGUUGAUUGAUCUAUGGUUGACAUGUCUUAUGGUAGACCCAAAUGUCAACCCACCGGUUUUGUCCAAAAUUUUCACCUUGGAAUCAUUUCCUUCGGUUACCUCAAGCCUCUCUGGCUUAUAUAUAUCUGCUUUAUUGCAAGACAUACCUAGAUGGAGAUCAUAUGAGAUAAGACAUUCGAAUUUGUUCCGGAAUUCCAAGCUCAAAGAUACCAUUACGCUGGUGGUAAGAAAAUCAGAUAACAGUGCAUUGCAAGCUUUCUAUAUUCAUCAAUUAUCUGAAGUCAGAGACCUACUAGAAUUGAUUCUGGAUUACGUUCUUGAAAGUGAUUGUAUGAUAUUAAAGAUGAAAUUGACCGGAUUCCUUCUUCUGGUGGACUUGAUUUUGUACGACACAGAAUUGGGCAAAAUUAUAAAGCAGUGUAGCUAUUUAGAAAAGGCAUAUAGUAACAUCUAG